CUAGGUGCAAGUGCCCUAUCGAUUGCAUGGGAUUGCGCUCAGGCAGUGCGGCGGGCGGCCGGAGGGGGGAGGGUCCUUGCGGCGGAUCUCUCGGGAACGUUUUCCGUCGGUUCCGGACUUUCCACAUCCACGUCAUGUCCCUCAGAGUGCGGGCUCUGGGAGAUUACUCUCGUUAUUGUGCUCCUCCGGAGCCCGCUGCUCCCUCACGCGUCCGAAAGUCUUCGUCUGUCGGUGAGCCGGGCAACUGAAAAGAUGUCGGGGCCUGUGGAUCCGGACGAGCCUUACGAUUUCCUCUUUAAAAUCGUUCUGAUCGGAGACGCCGGCGUCGGCAAGACCUGCGUCGUGCAGCGUUUCAAAUCGGGCAUUUUCGUGGAGAAACAAGGCAACACGAUCGGGGUGGACUUUACAAUGAAAACCUUAGAAAUUCAAGGCAAGCGGGUGAAAUUGCAGAUAUGGGACACAGCUGGACAAGAACGUUUUAGGACAAUUACACAGAGUUAUUAUCGAAGUGCUAAUGGUGCGAUUGUUGCUUAUGACAUUAGCAAACGGGGAUCUUUUGAAUCUGUGCCACGGUGGAUAGAAGAUGUGAAGAAGUAUGCGGGUUCAAACAUUGUGCAAUUAUUAAUUGGUAAUAAGUCCGAUAAGAAUGAUGCCCGGGAGGUUCAAUAUGAAGAAGCCAAAACUCUUGCAGUUCAUUAUGAUAUGGCAUCUGUACUAGAGACAUCUGCCAAAGAUUCCAGCAACGUGGAAGAAGCUUUUAUAAAAAUGGCCACAGAGCUAAUGCUAAGACAUGCUGGGCCAAUGUUCACUGAAAAAGCUACCGAAAGUAUCAAAUUAAACAGCAAAGAUGUCGGUGAAGGAUGGGGAUGUAGUUGUUGACUUUGCGGGUUAAUUUUUUUAGGUUUUGCAUCAUCUCGUUUUAAGGUAGACUGAUCAAUCACAAAUGUGAUUUAAGUCACUUGGCUUGGACUAAGUUAUGUUUGUGAUGUGUUUGUGCACAGAAUCUGUGCAAACUGUUGUGAACCGUAUCCAUUCCUCCAAUUUGAAGAUGAUGACAGUCAAACCUGUUCUUGCUGGUCAUUAAAUCUUAACAUUCCAGUUUCCUUGACAUUCCAAUAAGAAUCGUAGUAGUCACAUUGCCUUAACUACUGAUAUUGAAGAACGCAGUUUCUCUAACAACCCUUUUUCUUAUUAAAUUUAUGGCUCUGAACUGAAUAUUUUGCGGAGAAGGUAUGAACAUUUAAAAAAUGAAGGUGUAAUAAAAUUGAAUUGGAGAUGAUACGUAGGACUGCCUUAUUGAUUAAAAUUGGCUUGGUUAGCAGUCACGAUGGGGAAGAGUGGAAGUUGUGAAUAAUUAGCUAGUUUUCUUCUGCAUAUUCAUGGUUGCCUUACAAAUUAAAUACAUGUAUUCCAGCCACUUUUUUUUAAUGUCACUGCAUAUUUUAGGAAUCUUGGCAGUCCUGCGUAUUACUCUUUAAAUUCUUAAGUUCAUACAUUACUUUGAGGUAUAAGAGUAUUUGACUUACUUCAAGAGGUGAUUUAAAUUGAAACUUGAAUCAAAUGCAUUUCUGUAGUUAUUAAUCUUGAAGCUGAAUGUGCUGUUUUGCUUUGUGUAGUGGCCCACAACUGUCCCAGGAUUUUGUUGCUCUUAAGACAAUGAUAUAAUUCUCACUGGUAAUUGGUCAAAAUGCUAACAGUUUAGAGAAGACAUUGGUUAGCCUAGCAACAGAUAAUUACAACUCCGAGUCUGGGUGUUGUGUAAUUUACAGCUAGGAUCAAUGCCAGCCUUAUUAUUGAUUCGAUGUACAUAGCCUGUUUUGGUGAGAACAAAGCAUCUGACAGCAAACAGUACUAUUGUAGCAUUUGCUUUGCAAUUGCAAAAUGCUGGCAGGGAUAAUGUAUCCUAGAAAAUGCAUUGUGCACUUUACUUUUUUAAAAGAAAAAGCAGGGUCCAGAAUAACAGCAUAAACUGGUUAUGAAGUUGUUUCUCAGCAAUAGUGAUUACUGGGGAGGUGAGAAUAGACUGUAUUACCGAACACACUCCCAAACCUAGCCUUGAUUUCAUUGAAACAAACAGCAGUACUUUCUGACAAUACUUAUUUCAGAUCAACAUUAACACUUCAAUAUUCAAACUAAAGAAUGAAAAAAGCCAGAACAUAUUGGGCAUUCUUAUUUACAAGAUGUAGAGUUGGAUGUAGUUUAUACAGUAUUAUUUUACGGAAGGGGACUAAAGAAAACUUCUGUGCUUCGGGUGAAAUAAUGAACAAGUGCAUCUAUUUUAAUAACCAGGUAAAAAGGGUAGUGCCUACAGUAUGUAAAUAUAUAUGGAAGACUUUUGCACAUUUUGCUUCACUAAAAUCUAGUGUAUUAAUUCCAGGUUGAUUGUAUAUAGCCCCUUAUCCCUCCUAUUUUUGCUUAAGACUAUGAUUCAAAAGGGUGAUAGUGCAAUUAGUUAACAAUGUCCUUUCAACUUCAGCUUAAACUAGUAGCACAAUAUCUCUUUCUGUUACAACUUUCUUUUAUUCAUUCAUGGAAUGAGGGGGUCAAUGGCUGGGCUAGCAUUUAUUGGCCAUCCGUUAUGGAUGUAGUGGUAAUUCUCUUGAAAAUGCCCAAGCCUAUCUUGUAGCCUGCUCCUUGUUAGGGGUUAGAGAACAGACAAAAUGGUUGUUUAUGGAAAGUGAAAAUGUGAAUGCAAUAAAGUUUGCUUUUCCAAAGUAGUGGUGGUUAUAUCUGGGCAGAGUCCUCCUUAGUAACAUCUGGGGGCUACUGUAAAAUUAGGAGAGCUGUCUCAAGCCUGAUGCAGUAAUACUUAUGGAAUCGCACUUUACGGAAAAUGUCUCAGACAUUAGCAUCACUGUUCCUGGGUAUGCCCUGUCCCACCUAUCCACUCCUAUCCUGGGUGUCCUCAACAUUGAUUGUGGAGCCCAUGAAGUCUCACAACAUCAGGUCAAACGUGGGCAAGGAAAUAUCCUGCUGAUUACCAUAUGCAGACUGUCCUUAGCUGAUGAUUCAAUACUCCUCUAUGUUGUACACCACUUGUAGGACACACUGAAGGUAGCGAGGGUGCAGAAUAUACUCUGGGUAGGGACUUCAAUGCUCACUUAAUUAGGAGCGACUCACCAGCACAACUGCUUACUGAGCUGGUUAAGUCCUAAAGGCUAUAGCUAUUAGACUGGGCCUGUGGCAGCUGGUGAGGGAACUAACAAGAGGUAAAAGCAUACAUUUCCUCAUCCUGAACAAUCUCCCUGCCACAGAUGCAUCUAUCCAUUAUAGUAUCGGUAAGAAUAACCACUGCAUUUUCCUUGUGGAGACGAAGACCUGCCUUCACAUUGAUAAUACCUUAAACCAUGUUGUGCGGUUGAAUGGGACAGACUUUGAACAAGCCACUCCAUUCCUAACCUCGUUACAGUCUUGGUUCAAAGAUAGAAAAAAGACCUGAGUGUCAAUUGCUGCUUUGCAGCCCUAGCAAAACUGGAGUCUGUGCACAUCAGGGUGAAAUUUCUCCACUGGAUGAAGUCACACCUGAUACACAGGAUUUAUUGGAGGUCAGUCAUCUCGGUUCCAGGAUAUCUCUGCAGGAGUUCUUCAUGGUAGUGUCCUAGGCUCAAACAUCUUCAGCUGCUUCAUCAAUGACCUUCCCUCCAUCAUGGGAUCAGAAGUGGGAAUGUUCACCAAUAACAGCACAAUAUUUAGCACCAUUUGUGACAACUCCAGACACAGAAGCAGUUUGUGUCCAACUGUGGCAAAACCUGAACAAUAUCCAAGCAUGGGCUGAAAAGUGGCAAUAACAUUUGCAUCACAUAAAUGCCAGGCAGUAACCAUCUCCAACAGGAGAGAAUUGAACCAUUAUCCCAUGGCAUUUGAUGAUGUUACCAUUCCUCCAGUAUCAACAUCCUGGGGGGAUUACCAUUGGUCAAACACUGAACUGGACUAGCCGUAUAAAUAUGGUAGCUACAAAAGCAAGUCACAGGUUAGGAAUCCUGCAGUGGGUAACUCACCACCUUACUCCCCAAAGCCUGAGCACCAUCAACAAGGCACAGGUCAGGAAUGUAAUGAACUACUCCCCACUUGCAGAUGAAUGCAGCUGCAACAACACUUAAGAAGCUGACACCAUCCUGGGCAAAGCAGCUCGCUUGAUUGUCCCCACAUCCACAAAUAUCUACUUCCACCACCAAUGUUCAGCACCAGCAUCAGUGUACCAUCUGCAAAAUGUACUGCAGAAAUUCACUAAGGAUCCUUAAAUACCACCUUCCAAACCCAUGCCCGUUGCCAUGUGGAAAGACAAGGGCAGCAGAUAGAUGGAACAACACCAUGCAAGUUCCCCUACAAGCCACUCAACAUCCUGGCUUGGAAAUAUAUUGCCAUUCCUUCACUGUUGAUGGUGCAAAAUGGCACGGGGGGGUGUACCUACACCAGAUGAGCAUGCGGUUCAAGAAGGCAGCAGCUCACUAGGGAUGGGCAUUAAAUGCUGGCCAGUCAGCGAUACCCACAUCCCAUAAGUGAAUUAGAAAAAAAAGAAUUACUUCAUCUGGUUUGACCUGACAUUGCUUCAAGGACUCAUUGUAAGCCUGAAGAGGAGUGGGUAGCAUUCCCUCCCCCACCACGUGUCUUAAGUUGGUUUUUAAAAAAAGUCACUUUUAACGGCUGAGACUUACUUGAAUGUUACUGGUUAGUAGCUUGCUUCCAUUGUUUCAAAUACAGCAGUCAGAUGCGUGAUAAAAAGCAAAUGAUCUGGAGUUGUUCACCAGCAUCAGGAGACAGUUGUUUAUGGGUAAGUAGUUGGUGGAGGAACGAUGAUGUUUUACAGUCUCACACUUGGAGAUGAAAUCAGACAUAAAAGGCCAAAGCUUUCCUUAAUUGCCCUGUGGAGCACACUUGCACCUCCUAGCCAAACUAAAAAGUUCGUACAUUUGUAUCGCUGGCUUCCCAAAAUGACAGCAGAGAGUUAAAUUUCUAUCUGGAGCUAUGGUUUGCCAGAGUCCAGUGGGAGUCUCAAUCAUUGCCAAAAUUGUUGGCAUUAAAAUGGAACUUUACUGGUAAUAGAUUGACUGACUCCCAUUUUAACUGCUGUUCCACUCUUCUGUUGAUUAGGGAAGAGUUAAAAUUCCUCCUUGAAUAUGGAAAGUAGAGGAAAAAAGACAUUCCUCAGUUGACACCUGCCAGCCCAAUGGUCAAAAAAUAUAUUCAGAAACUGCAAACAAUCUCAGAUGAAUUUGUACUACAUUGAAUGGAUAUUGAAUUUCUGGAGCAUUUUAAUAGGAAAACUAGAACAAUUAAAUGAAACUGCAGUCAUGUUGCACUCAGGCUCCAUUAAAGUCACGCUUUGGGAAUCACUUGCAUUUUGUGGUAGACUGGUACUGUCUGGACUUUGGAUAUAUUUUUUGAUACUUUUAAAAAUUUAAAUAAAAGAAAUGCUAGUUAGUUAAGGUUUUCAAUGCAAGUUAAUGCACAUUGAUAAUGCUAAUGUACUCAAUUAUUUAGACUGUGAUGUAUAGAUACAUAAAUUAAGUCAUUAGUUCAUUCAGAUAUCUUGUAAAAGAUGUGCUUAGUUGCCAAAUUGAGCUGAUCGCCACUAAUGACAACACAAUAACAUCCCACCUCAAAGAACUUGCGUUCUGGAUACUUUGUUUAUAGGCUAUCACUUUCCUCAUCCAUACACCAGUACGUUGGUAAUCCAUCACUGUCAUAAUCAGUACGUUUUUUCCCCAGUGAAUUCAAGUUUGUAAACUCUUAAGUUAAAGUUAUUAAAUGUGUGAUGUUUUUGCGACCGAUUUGUUAGAAUGUAUUCCAGGCAGUAUUUUCAGUGUAGACUUCAGCAAUACAUAUUUUGCUUAUCUACUUUAUAUCUGCUUAAGUUUUUAAUUUUCUCUAUGUUGAACUGUCGUAAUUUUCUAUGUUGACUGUUUACUAAUCAUCGCAUAGUUUUCUUUUAGAAUGUUGAGAUUUGUAUACUAUUCAGCAUACAUGGUUGUUGCUUUUAAUUCUUUAACAUGGAUCAGUUAAAAACAUUAAGCAACUUCAGUUCAUAAAUUUUCAGAAUAUAUUCCUUUAUGACUUAUCCACGUGUCAUGUUUUUUUAAACUGUUUACAUUUUUUAACUGUGUAUGAGUUAAAUAUUAAGAUGGCAUCAAGCAAACAUACGAGCAUUCUGUUCCAUGAGUGUAACUCAAGUCUGGUGGAAAGCUGGUUCUUAUACUAUUAAAAAUUCACACCGAA